CUGCCUCUAGGCGCCUCAGUCUCUGAUUGGGACGCGGCACCGCGAGCAUGGGGGUCGCGCGUAUCCCGCGAGGCGUAUCGUACGGCAUUGCGCUGUGAGACGUUCGAACGACGCGACCGAACGACGAGACGGACUCUCCGACGACAGAAGAGGAAAGCGAUCGAAAAAAAGAAAAAAAAGCGGAGGCAGGGUAACAAAGACCUCGGCCUGAUGGGCUGCGUGGCUCCGGAAACUCCGGCCGAUCCUUGACGCUCCUGGUACGCGCUCGCUCCACCCUCGCCGACGUCGACGAGGACGCAUCUCCCGGCGCGAGCGCGCCCAACCGCGUAUGUCGCCGGGGAAUCCAGCGGACGUUUGAUUUUCCGGCCGAUGAGCGAGGCAACCGCCGCGACGUCGUGAACCGAGAUCGAGGUCGGGCGAUCGCGGUGACCGGGAGGGAGUAGGGUUGUGGUGAUCCGGUGGCGGUGACUCGGCGGGGAUCAUCAUCCUCCGGGGGACGCGCGUGGCGAGCUUUUAAAACCAUCACAUCAAUCAUGUCGGUCCUAUUGGAAGGGAGGUCGUACAGGCCGUUCAAGUCCUCGGAGGAGUACCUGAUAGCGAUGAAGGAGGACUUGGCGGAAUGGUUGAACGCCCUGUAUCCGGAGCUCAGGAUCAACCUCGACAAUUUUAUGGACAGGCUGGACACCGGUGUCGCUCUAUGUAAACAUGCGAACAACGUGCGGAAAUAUGCGGCGGACUACGUUGCUCGGCGUCAGGCCCGCAAGAUGCCGAUGACACGCUCGAUAACCUCCCUGGCGUUGCCGAUGAGCCAGAUGAGCGAUGUGCCCUACCUGCCGAACGCCAAGGCCGGCACCUUCUUCGCCCGCGACAACGUCUCCAACUUCAUCGACUGGUGCCGCAACAGCCUCAGCAUCAUCGAGUGCCUGCUCUUCGAGACCGAGGACCUGAUAAUGCGUAAGAACGAGCGGCACGUGAUACUGUGCCUGCUGGAAGUGGCCCGUCGCGGCGCCAAGUUCGGCAUGCUCGCGCCGAUGCUCGUGCAGAUGGAGAGGCAGAUCGACCGCGAGAUCGCCGCGGAGAACAAGGCGGCGAACGGCGCCGGCAACGAGGAGAGCGACGACGAAUACGAGGAGGAGCCCUGCCUCAUCUACGGGCCGCAGCCGCAGAUCGUCACGAACGACCUCAAGACCCUCCAUGAACUGGUCCGCGAUAUCGUGGAAGAGUGCACGUGUCCGACGCAAUUCCCGAUGAUCCACGUGGCCGAGGGCAAGUACAGGAUCGGCGAUACCAAGGUUACGAUCUACGUGCGGGUCCUGCGCAGCCACGUGAUGGUGCGUGUCGGUGGCGGAUGGGACACCCUCAGCCACUAUUUGGAGAAACACGAUCCGUGCCGAUGCAAAAACUCGCAUCGCUCGAUGAUCUCAGCGAAGCUCAUUCAGAAGGCCGGCGGAUCCUUCGAUUUGGCCAACGCGCAGGUGCAUUAUGAACGAUCAUCACCUCCGAGAACUCGACGGAGUUCCGCGUCGAGCGUUGGCUCGGUGCAGAAUCUGCAAUCGGCCCAGCUGCACGCACCACCCAGAAGCAUUUCCAGCAAUCGCUCGCGAUCGCCCACGCCUCACCGGCCAACUGCAGCCGGCAGCAGGGCGCAGCAGCAACAAUAUCAGCAACAAUCGGCCGACGAGCAGAAGAAGCGCUCGAGGAGCCCGACGCCGCACAGGAAAUUGCUGGCGAGCCCGAACCAGGGCGAUUUGGCGAAGCAGAGAUCGAUGUCGCCGACGCCCUGGGCAAAUCUGAGAUCCAGGAGCCCGACGCCGAGGAAAAACGCGGACUCGUCCAAGAGGAACGAGGAGCUGCGGUCGCCGAACGGGAAACCUCAGGAAAAUGGCCGGGAGAGCGGCCCCAAGGUGCCGGGUGAGUUCACGAAGAGAUACGUGGUGGAGGGUGGCGUGGCACGUCGAGCCGUCGAGAAGGACGACACGCCAAAGUACGAACCGUCCAUCUACAACUACAAGUGCAGCGAGGACUCGAGCGGUAGUCGUAGCCCCACGCCGAGCAAGGAGGAACAACCGGCCAUCGAGACUUUCGGCAAGGACGCCACGGCGAACACACAGAAGUCGCCUCACGGCGAUGGCGAGCAUUCGGACAACUGCAGCGAGGUGUCCGACGAAGGCUACCGAAGCCUCGGUGCCGUCCAGCUAUCCACUGCCAACGGGAACUCCGCCAGCACACAGGGCUCGCCCACGGUUGCCGAUUGUCAAAAGCAACCCCCAAAGGCGGAACCCGAGGAAAGAUCCGGCGUGGAGACGGACAGCAUCGAGACAGGACUGCGCAAGGUAGUUCACAAGGACAGACUGGCGAGUCCUUUGCGGAUCUCCUCCCCGUCCAGAAGUACGGCGUCCUCGUCAACGGGUGACAGGACACCUCGUGCCGGUUCCUUCGUGCGGGAAAACAGCAACUUAUCCAAGACGUCGUCCGGCAGCAAGACGCCUAAGGACAGCAAUUCCAGUCCGGAGAGCAGCCCGCUCAACCGAGCAAGCAUCCGCAACAAGGGCAGUCUGCGGAAACUAACACCCAUCGAGAGUAAGGCUUCUUCGAUAUCCAAAUCUGCAAAAGCACCAGUGGGCAGUAGUGCCACGUGGAACGGUCGUCAGACCAGACGGCGUGCCAGCAUCCAGCCGGACACGUUCCUGGACCCCAAUUCAAUGCCGGCCACAUGCGCUACUACGCCGAGUUUCUCCAGGAAAAGUCCGGGCAGGCAGAGUCUGCAGUCCCGGCCAAGCCCGAAUGGGGUCCAGUACGACAAGAAUGGCAGGCGGAUCCGAUUGUCCGCUACUGGGACCGCUUCCCUCCAGUCGUCGCCCACCAAGGUGACGAAUCCGCUGCUCGAUCAGAUCCUGCAGAAGCUGGGCGACCUGAAGGACGAGCGCCAGAUGGUGCAGAAGCUGCAGGGCCUCCUGAAGGACUAUCAGACCAGCCCGAGCGACGCCGCGAAUAUGGAUUUCGCCAAGGUUUGGAUAGACAGCAACGGGACGGUAGAUGUGCCCCAGGACGUCCCGGUGUCGGUCACUCCCAGGAAAGACCCGAAACCUCAGGAGGGAUGCUCGAGGAUACCGGUACCUCGAGCUGUCUCCUACAAGAGACCGAUGUCCGUGGCGUCGGACAGUGUUUGAGGGUGUCGAGGUAGACCCGACAGCCUUCGUCUGCUAAAGUAAGUUAGGCUGAUCGGGUCAUCGCUGACGUCAGUGAGAGCAACCAGGCGCGAGCGAAUAAUCACGUCUCUUGCCGCGCUUGGUUCUUGAUUCGAUUUGAUAGGUAAGGUCGGACGUCGAAAUUCUAGAUCUGCGACUUAAAAAAUUCACUCGAGACUCGAGUGUAGAAGCGAAGACUGAAAAGAAAAAAAACGGAAGCUUGGAGAUAUCUAUAUGAUGACAAGAAUUCUGACGUUUUGGCCUACGGACUUGAAAUCCGAGGCCAUCAAGAUCUUUCUGAGAUUUAAAUUUGUACAUUUUUAGACGUUCAAACUUUAAAUUCCAAGUUCUGGCGUUCAAUAUUUCAGAAAUUUCGAAAAUGCAAUAAAUCAAAGAUUUUCGCGAGUUUUAAUAUUCUGAGAUUUGCACUUCUUGGGAAACUCGAGAGAACAUUAAAUGCCUUUGUAUGUCACUUUAUUUUACUAUAAUAUGUACAUCGAAGCUUUCGCUUAUGCCUUGAACAAGCAACAUCGCAGAUCGGAGACGUCCGACUGGAGAGUAACUUAACGGGCCUUAACGGUACGGGGUCAAUCAGUUAGUAGCUCUUAGUAGUCACGUAUCGGGGUGGUGCUUAGAUGGUGCUGAAGAACGAGACGGCGUUUACGAUGGACUGCGAAGCGAAAAAGAAAGCAAGAUGAAAAGAGGAGCGAUAGUGGGGUAUAGAGUCGGAAACUCGUCUCGUGGACAAGUUUUCAAUUGAUUAAUGCGGAAUCAAAAGUGGGCAAUUAGCUGCGGCAAGCUCUUGCGUUAAUGGCUUCCCAAUCGAUUUACUUCCAGUCACUUAAUUGCAUCCCGUAUGACAGCUCGUCGAUCGUUAGUCUUGAAAUGAUGACCCUCAGAUUAUUAUGUACGAAAACUUCGUAAAACUUUUAAAAAUUGCUGUUAUCAUUUCUCGACUCCGUAUUACAUCUUUUAAAAGUCGUACUAGAAGGAAACUGCCUUAUGAAAAAUGUUUAAGUCCUUUCAUAAAUGUUGUUAAAAAUUUUAUGUGAUUUGACAAGAUCACUGAAUCGAAAAUCUUGAUGAUUCUUUUACUUCUAAACAUCUUUAUGUAAUAUACAUAUAUAGUAUACAUAAAUCAAAGUGUGAUAUUUUAAAGAUUAAUACGAUGAUUGAGCGAUGAUCCCCAAAAAGUCACGCGAUCAGAAAUUGUGGUAGAUCGGCGUCUCGAUCAUCGAAAGAUCGUCGCAAUUGCACGCUCGAUCGUUUCUACCGUCUGCCCAACGGUAUAUAACGCUUAAUCACAUUUUUAUUUAAUUAUAUAGUCUAUCGGUUGUAUUUAUUAUAAAGAUGAUUUAUUUACGCGUUACGACCUCGCCAUGAGGGAAAAGAGUAGAACGCGAGAAAACGUGAAAGUGAUGUAAAAGAAGGAAAUCGAUCAGAUGUUGAAGGUCGAGUAAAAGCGAGAAAUUCCUCGGAUGGAAAAAUCAAAUGAGUCCCCCCGUCCCCCGUCCCCUGGAACCCCUUCUUGGCCAUCCAACCCUGAAACAGACUGCAUCAUGUAGAUAGCCGACGUGCGAAUGCAUGUCAUCGUCGGACAAAUGCCAUUCCAGUGUUUAACUGUUUUUUAUACCAAACGCGAGCGUAGCGCCAAGUUUUGUACCAAGUGUCUUAGUAACGGAUUUAAGAGAAGCGGAGAGAAAAAAGGAUUUAUUUUGUCGAUGUGAAAGUACGAAGGAAAAAGGGAUAUUUUUUAGUAUUCACGAUGUAGCGGCGGGCGCGGUCCACGUACGCGUGCACGAUGGCCGCGUAGUAGAGAAGAGCAUUUCCGAUAUUCGGACAGACACACACGUACACCCAUAUACACACACAUACAUAUGUACACUUCUGAUUUUUCUCCGUUCCUUUCCGUCAUCGGGACUUUCAAGAAGAAAGUCUUCUCUUUAAUCGUUCUCUCGAUAUGUACGUUAUACGCAUUAUUGCGGGGUCACGUGGGAAAUGCGCGAGAAUCGGGGCGAGUCUCUCGACGUGCAGCGGGCAUCAGCCGCGAUAGAUUCGAGUCGCCAUGCCUUAUUCGGAAGUUGGAGCGAUUUCCCACGUCUUACGCGUAUAAUGUCGUGUUUUCUGCACGCACGUACACACGGACACGCGUACAUUCACGUACAUACAUGUAUGUACGUACACACGCAAGCUGACGUUGCCUGUAAAUAGUUCCGCCAGCAGUCCCCUCGGCGAAAAUUCUUUUACUCGGCUCUUACGAUUAAAUUGAUCUCUAGUCUGUAGACGGUCAUACGGUGCACACCACAUUUAGUUCGCUUCGAGAGCGUUCGAUGACGUAUUAGCGGAUACCACACAUCACGUAACACCGAUGGUAGCGUGAAUCGGGAAAACACAGCGGACUUACCUGCGACUGGAGUUCGGUGCUGCGCGGACAAGGCGUUUUCAUCACCUGUACAUAUAAUUACGAUACGUCGUUAGAAGCAUAUCCUCGUUUUUAACGUGUAAACUACGUUCUCGAAAGGGUCGCAACUGCUCCUCACUAAUCUCGACGAGCUCGGGAUAUGUAGAAGCUAUAGAAGAAAUAAGAGGCACGCAUUUUUUACGUGUGAUUCCUCGCAGGUGCAGCGAUUAAAACGAUCCUUUGAAAUUAAUUCGGUAUAUUUGAUUUCGAAAUAUCAUCGAAAUCGUAGGGAUGUAUGAAAGAAUGGUUUAAACAAACCUCCGAAGCUUUCGCGCUGCUAAUCAAUGCUAUCAGUUUUGGCUUCCGGAUUGGAGCCGUGUUUUUUCUCAUUUUUAUUACUCUUGAUAAUAUCUCUUAAUUUUAGAUGUUCUACAGCAUAUCCGAAGGUGGUCGAAAUCGGUGAGGAGCAGUCGCGAAACGUUUCUUGUAGUUAAGUUAGGUUGACUUAACCCUUCGAUAAUCAUCGUCGCGAUUAACACGGGUUAUUCGUUGCGCCUCGUUAGUUUACGAUAAGAUAUGUAUUUUUCUAUUGGAAGUUCUCGUCGCGUAGUAGUCGCUAAUUACCGUAGUGCGUGAGAAACGUUUUCGAAAGGAUUAAAAGUCGCUUGUGCAAGGGUGCACGUAAUGUUACGUGGCGAAGUUUUCGUUGUUUGUGCAUUUGAUUUGCACGAGCGUUAUCCCAGAAAAAUCCUUGUCAUUUUUGCGGUGAGGAUUGAGUAUCCAUCACUGAAGGGUUAAACAAGCACGGGAUACUGAAUCACCGAACACCAUUCUCGGCGAAAAUCAGAGAUAGCCGAGAGAUCGCCGAACAAAAUAUUCACAUUGCAUGCGACGUAAUCAUAAGAUAAAAUCCGUCAGAUAAAUAUCUACGAAAACCUGUAAAAGCUGAAAAAUUACAUUUUCGAUUGAUCUUUCUUCCAAACGCCAUCGAUUCUUGAGAUAUCACUUCAAUCGUUACUAUUAUCAAUAUGCGUAUACGAAAUUAGGAAAAGUAAAAUAAUAAAAUUGAAAAAUGUUGAUGAAGCAGCGUCGCAGUGAAAUCUCGAGGACUCCCAUAUCGGUGCUCGAUAAUCCAGCACGAUCGUUCGAAACACUCUCUAUGUGGAGAUCGCGCUCGGCUAAGGUCCGCUCGUCUCAACGAUCACAGCAUCGUAACAGCGGAUCAGGAUAGUCCGCGGUGACAGGAAAAAAGAACGGAAGAGCUGGAGAGAAAGAUUAGUUCUCUCGUUACGUGUCGCGUAAUAAUUUAGACGCCUGGCGGCUAAUCCUUAGGCCUAAGCUUUUGUAACCCCAACGAUAUACCGCGAACGACAGACGUGCGUUAAUGUUUAAGCAAUACCGACGAUUACCAAUAUUAACAUUUAUGAUUGCAAGUGUCGCCACGACAAUGAUGAUCGCCAUUAUUAUCGUCAUGAUUAUUAUUAUUGUCAGGAGGAUAACGACGUUUAAUUACUAUGAUUAUUAUACGCAGACGUUGCCUAUGUUACGUUAUCAUUUUAUCUACGAACAGUUGUAAAUUGACCAAAAACUAUAUAAAAAGAUUAAUAAAAAGCCUUAACAAAAGUCAA